AUGCCUAUAAUGGGGCGGGAGAGAAUCGAUAAAUUGGAACCAGGCACCAAGUUCUACCUUGGGGAAGAUUCGCGGGGUGGUCUCAAAAUCCGUCGUGUCAACAACAGCGAACCCGAGCUCACGGGAACUGUAUCAGACUCACUCUGCAUGGCAAUCACUUUAACGGAGCUCUGUUGUGAGCUCGGAUACGGAAAGGUCUACCAGUAUUCUGGCGUCGACCCUGAAGAGAAUCAUGUUAAAAAUUGGGGGCCGGGUGCUUACGCCGCCUUCGCUCGCCUUCCUGACCUCAUCUACGUCCCACAAAUGUGGUCCGAAGCAGACAAGGAGGCGUGGAGGGCAUUGACUCCUGAGCAACUCGCGGUGUUGCUGAAUGCCAGGACGAGUGAUGCUGAAGAUAAAGGGCCGUUUCUCCCUAUUGCACUCGAGUUUCGAUCGACUGAGCUGGAUAGUGUUUGCCUCCGAGGCACCACUACUGCUGCUGCCACCAUCGCUGUCCUACCGCAACCAUAUGUGGGGGAGACCGAUAAGAUGCGCAACGCGCUGGGGGCAAGAGUUCUUCAAAGAUCGUCGGAUGGGAAGGUCGUCGACUCUUGGUUCCUCGGUAGCCGUGAGAGCGUUGCGCGCUUUGCAGUGCCUGGUGGAGUGGGGAUCAUCAACGCGCUGGACUGCAUGUUUUGGGGAGAUACGGACUGGGCGUUGUGCCGACAUGACGAGCCGAGGAAGCUACUCCGUCAAGCCCAAAGAGCAGCCGUCAGCCUAGGAAACUCUUGCAUGUUUGCACCUGCUGGAGACGAUGCCGAAUCGAACGACGACGAGGAUGAAGAGAAGGUGUGA